UUCCUCCCGCGAAGUCCGCCCGCCACGUGGGGGGCCCGUGCAAGGCCGGCGGCGGGCGGGGCGGCUUGGGGCGCUUUUGAGCCCCUCCCGGCGCCAUCGGAGCGGCACUGAGCGCCGCAGCGGCCGGAGGAGGACGCGCCAUGGCCCCCGCCCAGAUCCUCAGCGGCAAGACCGUUUCCGCGCAAGUACGGGAGCGAUUGAAGAAUCAAGUGGCGAGUCUGAAGGAAAGAGUCCCAGGUUUCAGGCCGGGCCUUGCAAUUUUGCAGGUUGGUGAUCGGGAUGAUUCAAAUCUCUACAUUAGCAUGAAGCUGAAGGCAGCAGCUGAGAUUGGGAUCAAUGCCAAUCACAUCAAGCUGCCGAACACUGCCUCAGAGGCUGAGGUGUUGAGGUGUAUUAAUAAUCUGAAUGAAGAUCCGACCAUUCAUGGUUUUAUCGUACAACUGCCUCUGGAUUCGAACAAACCCAUCAACACGGAGAAAAUAACCAACGCCGUGGCCCCCGAGAAGGAUGUGGAUGGCUUAAGCAGCAUCAAUGCGGGGAAGCUUUCUCGAGGUGACCUCGGUGACUGUUUCAUCCCCUGCACGCCCAAAGGGUGCAUGGAACUGAUCCGGCAAACAGGUAUCCAGGUGGCAGGCAAGAAAGCUGUAGUGAUUGGGCGUAGUAAGAUAGUUGGAGCGCCGAUGCACGAUCUUCUCCUCUGGAACCACGCCACGGUGACCACGUGCCAUUCCAAGACGGCGUCACUGGCUGAAGAAGUCAGUAAAGCUGAUAUCUUGGUGGUUGCAGCCGGCAAGGCAGAGAUGGUGAAAGGUGAAUGGAUUAAACCUGGUGCAGUCGUGAUAGAUUGCGGGAUCAACCACAUACCAGAUAGCACCAAACCCAGUGGGAAAAGGGUUGUGGGCGAUGUGGCUUACAGUGCAGCCAAGGAGAGGGCAGCGUACAUCACCCCAGUGCCUGGGGGAGUUGGACCCAUGACUGUAGCUAUGCUGAUGCAGAGCACAGUAGAAAGUGCCCAGCGUUUUCUAGAGAAAUACCAGCCUGGCAAGUGGAAUAUUCAGUACAACCAGCUCAGUCCCAGAACCCCUGUUCCAAGUGACAUCGAAGUCUCUCGGUCUUGCAUUCCAAAGCCCGUUGGCCGGCUGGCCAGGGAGAUCGGCUUGCUCUCGGAUGAGGUGGAGUUCUAUGGUCAGAGCAAGGCUAAGAUUUUGCUGUCGACCCUUGAACGCCUGAAGGACCAACCAAAUGGCAGAUACGUUGUGGUCACAGGUAUAACCCCCACGCCUCUGGGAGAAGGGAAGAGCACCACGACAAUCGGGCUGGUCCAAGCCUUGGGCGCGCACCUUGGUCGGAAUGCCUUCGCCUGUGUCCGGCAGCCCUCGCAGGGACCCACUUUUGGAAUUAAAGGGGGUGCCGCUGGAGGGGGCUAUUCUCAGGUCAUUCCUAUGGAGGAGUUCAAUCUCCAUCUCACCGGUGACAUUCAUGCCAUUACCGCAGCCAAUAACCUGGUUGCUGCCGCUGUCGAUGCCCGCAUUUUUCAUGAAGCGACUCAAUCGGAUCAGGCUCUUUAUUCUCGUUUGGUUCCUUCAAUUGAUGGCGCCAGGAAGUUCUCUGAUAUCCAGAUCCGGAGACUGCAGAGAUUACAUAUUAAUAAAACGGACCCAGACACUUUGACAACGGACGAAAUAAAGAAAUUUGUGAGACUGGAUAUUGAUCCAGAGAGUAUAACGUGGGCAAGAGUGUUGGACACCAGUGACAGGUUUUUGCGGAAGAUCACUAUCGGCCAGUCUCCGACCGAGAAGGGUCAUUCACGCACAACUCAGUUUGACAUCACCGUGGCCAGUGAGAUCAUGGCUGUUUUAGCUCUCACAGAUGGUUUGGAAGACAUGAGGAGACGGCUGGCCAAAAUGGUGGUUGCUUCCAGUACGGAAGGUCUUCCGAUUACGACAGAAGAUCUGGGCGUGAGCGGCGCCCUGACAGUUCUGAUGAAAGAUGCUAUUAAGCCAAACCUCAUGCAGACUUUGGAGGGUGACCCAGUGUUUGUCCACGCUGGCCCGUUUGCCAACAUCGCUCACGGCAACUCCUCUAUCCUGGCAGACAAGAUUGCCCUGAAGCUGGUUGGCAAGGAAGGGUUUGUGGUGACAGAAGCCGGCUUCGGAGCAGAUAUAGGCAUGGAAAAGUUCUUUGACAUCAAGUGCCGAUAUUCGGGCCUCCAGCCCCACGUGGCAGUCUUGGUCGCUACCGUCCGAGCUCUGAAAAUGCACGGUGGAGGGCCCACGGUCACAGCUGGGGUCCCCUUACCAAAGGAAUAUACGGAAGAGAACCUUCAGCUUCUGGCAAAAGGUUGUUGUAACUUGAGCAAGCAGAUCCAAAAUGCCCGGACCUUUGGCGUUCCAGUCGUGGUGGCGGUCAAUGCGUUCAAGUCAGACACAGAAGCAGAGUUACAGCUGGUCAUGCGGUUGGCGAAGGAAGCGGGAGCUUUUGAUGCUGUGAAGUGCACCCACUGGGCCGACGGGGGGAGAGGAGCCUUGGCAUUGGCGGAAGCCGUACAGCGAGCGUCGCAGGCCCCCAGUCAUUUCAGAUUCUUGUAUGAUGUGCAGCUGCCAAUUCUAGAUAAGAUCAGAAUUAUUGCACAGACCAUCUACGGGGCAGACGAUGUUGAGCUGCUGCCAGAAGCGGAGCAGAAAAUUAUUUUGUACACUAAGCAGGGAUUUGGAAACCUGCCCAUAUGCAUGGCUAAAACCCACCUGUCGCUGUCCCAUGACCCCGAACGGAAAGGGGUGCCCAAAGGCUUCCUCCUGCCCAUCAGAGAUAUCAGAGCCAGUGCGGGUGCAGGAUUCUUAUAUCCGUUAGUAGGAACGAUGAGCACAAUGCCUGGACUCCCUACUAGGCCAUGCUUCUAUGACAUUGAUCUGGACCCUGUGACUGGAGAGGUGAACGGCCUGUUCUAAGACGGACUGAUGAUCCCGAUAACGUCAGUUCGACAAGACAUGAGCAAGAUAAUCAUUACGGAAAGAUCUGACCUCAGUGGAAACUAACAAGCCUUUUGGAAAAGUAUCCUCCUGUAUUUUUUUUUUAAAUCUGCAAUGCUGCAGUCUUAAUGGGUGAUCUACUUUUUCACUCCCUAUAGAUGAAAAUCUGUACAACAUUCUUUUAAAUAGCGAUUACUUUUUUUUAAAAAAAUGGCUCAAAAGAUGACUUACAGCACUCAGUAGACACCUCAUUGACUCUGAUAAAGGCUGUUUUGAAUUUCGUACCUAUUAAAUCUUUUAGGGGAUCGUUAAUCAAGAAACAGCAAAUAUGUUACAUUCCUAGCAAGCUGAUAGACCAUAUGGGAUCUAGCCCAUCAGGGAUCUUGGAAAUCUUCUGGCUUUUGCCUGCACAUCAGUGAGGGCCAUGACGCACAGUUGGUGGUGCUACUUCCAUCUUGAUGGGUCACAAGUUGUUGGGUGUUGCUUGCAUGUGUGUAAUUGGUUUCAGUGCGGCAAGGAAAUGAGCACAGUUGCCUCUAGAAAUGGCACCCUGUAACAUAGGGGCAGAACUGGAUGAAACCCAUGCGCUUCUCACUUGAGCGGCAGUCUCAAACCCUGUGCGCACAACUUCUGAACACAGGUGCACAAAGACUGUUGCUGUGUGAGGGACUGGAUCGCCCACAUGGCAACCGGUAUUUGGUAACACUGUCUUUUUAAAAAACUUGAUUUUCAACCCUCCCAUCCCUUUUUUUGCAAUGUUAAAAAUCCGUAUUUCUUUUUAACGAGCAUCUUGCUUUCCCAAGAGACAUGGUACCUGGCUUGUAGCCAGUGCACACUACAGCCAAAUACCAACGUUAAUCUUGCAAUAAUCUUGUUGUCAGCCAGCCGGGGCCACAGACAGACAAGAUUCUGAAUGCCCGGCACGGUUUGUUGCUUUUCAAUAUAGUUUUCACUAGGGAAGCUCAAUGUGCCCUCAAGUCUUAGCGCUGUCUGACUUCCGUACUUGCUUUCCAAAGUUGUUCUUGUUGUGGGCUUUGAGGAGAAGCUCAGUUUCAGUCCUUCUCAGCUGCACCUGCCAACUGGGGGGAUGCCUGAAGCUCAUGCUAAUCUCAACUGGACUGUAGCAACUACAGGCAUCUGUGCAGAAGGGUCUGGCCACAGGAGCAUCCUUUCCAAAGGGCACCUGGUUUCCUCAAGAAUUCGCCUUGCUUUUCCCAAAUGGCCCUACUGCACCUAGCUAGGAAUAUGGGGAGCUAACUUAGGGAGUUUCUGUCUUAUGUCUGCUUUGCUAGUGAUCAGGUUGCCCUGGUUUAAUGGAGAAAAUGAACGAGAUGGAGUAGAACAUUUGCCUCUGAGCAUCUUUUAGUAAACUUUCCAGUGCUGGGUGGAAUUGUUCCCGAUCCCCAAACCAGCAGUCAUCUUUGCUCUUUGCACCAAAUUAGAAUGCAAUCCUGAUUAUUUAAAAAAAUUAUUACAUCAGUAGAUGCCUUCGACUCUCAUUCUGAGGAGACUGGCUCUCCCACUCCGGCAACCGGAGGAAAAGAAGAUGUCCUCUGGUUGUCUUUUAACAAAUUUUUAAUUUUUCUACAGUGUUUUUUAAACUUCGCCUUUUCGAUCAAACAAAGGUGCAAAAGUCUGUUUUUAAUCAGGGCCGCUGCCUGCAUCUCUUCCCAUCCAAACCCGGCCCCAAAACAUACCACUAUUUUUUUUUUAAUGUGAAAAUGUAACCGCUGCCAGACUUGUAAUUAACACAAAUAAACUGCUACAUCCUUGAAGA